AUGCGCACCGGCGAUGGGCAUGACGCCGCCAAGCUUUCCGCCAUCAAUGUGAGUGUAUGCUUCCAACUUUUCCAUCCUAUGAGUGUAAGCGGGGCGAUGCUCGUGGGGACACAGACGAUCUUGAAGGAUGGGAUGGGGCGGUGACUGUACCUGGUCCUGAGAGCAGACAAACUCGAGAGAAUGCACGAAGUCACAACUGCCCAAGCUUCUCCGGACGCGGGCGUUCGUCUAAGCUCAGCUUGCAGCAUUGCACGCCCGCGUCUACCGGCACUGUCGACCUCUCCGCACCAAGACCUCCGGGGUCGGGCUUAGCAAUCCCAUCUCCGACCAUCCUCGCUAUUGAACUUCGAUCUCGAUGCCGCAAAGCUUCAAAUCAUGUCCGCUUUCCAAGGUUGAUGGGACAGCUGCACCGAUCUGCUUCUUGGCUGACCCGGACCUACCACGCUUCCUCAGAUUCUGGAAGGGGGCCGCAAGAGACAGCGCGUGAGCGCUAGGGAAAGCCCCAGUACCCCCAUCAAGCCUAGGACGGCAUCCCCACCGCUGCGGGCAGAGGACAUUACCAAGGCAGGAUAUCAGAUUCUGGAUGUCCUGCUCCAUCGCAUCGAUCCCGAGUAAGUGAUCCAAGGACUCUGGCGUAGUGAGGACCGCUUCAUGCAAUAUCGCGAGGCUGAUCAUAUACGUUCUUCGGAUACGCAGAGAUGAGACCCUUUUGGCAGCGCCGUUCAUGGAGCUGCCCUCGGCGUCUGAUUACCCGGACUACUAUCAAACGAUCAGGCAUCCCAUCAGCCUGUACAUCAUCGAGGAGCGGCUAGAGCGAGGCAGGUACAGCGAGGUCGCCGAUCUUAAGCGAGACCUCGAGAUGGUGUGCAACAAUGCCAAGCGCUACAAUAUGAGGGACACCCCAAUCUGGACCAAGGCAAAGCACCUACACGUGAGCAAAGCUUUGCGAAUGAGAGAUAACUCGCUGGGUGGAAAAGAAGGCUCAAAGGCUCACCACCGCAUUCACGCAGGCUCUAAUUAAGGACGCGUACAGUGAUGUUAUAGAGCUUGGCCGGUGUUCCUCACCGCUUGGCGGCCCUGCAUCGCCGUCGCAGUCACGACUGGCCUUGUCACAGCAGCCUGGAGGUCUGGCAGCCCUUCGUCCAGCCGGCUCUGGUGAGAUCGCUGCAGAUGCAGACGGAGAGGCAAAAAACGAGGGAGAUGAAGAUGCGGAAGGCGAGAGCGAGACGGAGACCGUCAAGGAGCCAACGUCGAUGAGGAUCCGUAUCAAAGGUGCGCUGGGUCGGAAAAUGCCGAAUGAGGAGCGGCUUGCGCGCGCGGAGGGAGGCGAGGAUGUUUCGAGUGGAGGCAAGUCACUAAAGGACGCUUUCAAGGAAGUGAUUGCCGAUCUCAAUGCUGCAGUAUCAGCAGAGUGAGUCGGCGUACUGGCAGGACAGGGACAGAACACCCACUUUUGAACGCUGAGUUGCCCCCAUUAUACCACAAGAGGGACACCUUUAACAGACUUUUUUACAGAGUUGCCUUCCAGAAAAGACUAUCCUGACUACUAUCAGCUGAUUCCACAGCCGAUAUCGAUGUUCGAAAUUGAGGUCAGUGCGCCUCGAAUCGCUCAAUCGUUUUGCGGUGCUGACGGCAUUCCUCGCCCUAACGCGCAGAACAAGAUCGACGCCGGAGCCUAUCGUACUCUAAAUUCGAUGAUGGGGGACCUUCGUAGCAUGCUUGACAAUGCGCAGACAUACAAUGAGGAUGAUAGCGAAGUGUACGAGGAUGCUGCACAGAUACGGGUAAGAGGGCAGUUCUUCGACUCGAGAGGAGGUGUACACUGACAUCGAGCCCAUCAACACGACCGUAGACCUAUCUUGAAAAGACUGCGAUACCGAAAUUAUAUGCACAAGGAUUCACGUUGGACCCGGCUGAUGAGCGUCAAUCAGCGCGAGCACCGGAGAACAUCAGCCGCGCAGCCGCACUGGCCCAGGCAGACACAGCAAAGCGCGCAAUGACAAGGCAACCGGUGGCACUUGCAGCUCUCAAGAGCAACCCAGGAGACGCUGGUUCAUCGAAGGCGAAGCUCAAAGUCAAACUGAAGCGGUCCCAAGAAAGAGACGCCCAGACGAGCAGUCCUGCAGCUGUUGCAAGCGCAACCACAGGAGGGACUGCUCCUCAAGCACCAACGGUCGAAUCAGCAGGACCUCCUUUGACGUCAGCGGUUCCACAACAGCCAAGCUUGCGCCCCGAAGCUAUGCGACAGGCGGAUGUAUCCACCCGUUCGGACGAGCAGAGUCCAGCUCCUCGCGGGCCUUUGACUCAGUCUGGCAGUCCACCAACGGCAACCAUGCAGCCGAAUGGCCUUUGGUCACCUGUUCCAAUCGUGCCCCCCGACGCGGGACGGCGCGCGAGCGGAUAUUUCGACAGCGCCGCUACACCUGCACUUGUCAGCAAUGGACGCUCCAUGCCAUCUGCUUCACCGGGCGCUGCACCCCACCCUGGGCCUCAUCAGGAUGGCACGAUGCAGCGCGGCCUAGCAGGAGUGACAUCACCAGGUAGCGUGCGCCAUCAAGCUGCACCUGCUUCUACAGCGGUCCGACAUGGCGCCUCGUCCUCCAUGAGCCAUGUCGGAGCAAUGCAGCGCCCUGCUGAGAAUUACGAUCGGACUUUGCCCUUCAGAGGGAGCUCCGCGCACGUGUCCGCGUCGGAGAGGUUCCAGCCUGUGCCCCCACCCCCGACAGCUCGGGCACAGGUGCCGACAUCAGGAAUGCCAGCUCGUUCUGGACUCGACUCACCAUACGCGCAUCCUCUGGCCCAGAUCUCUCAGCCAGCACGCAGUCAGAGUCAUGCACUUCCCUGGGCGGCAAGUGUCCCGGCGUCGGGAGCUGGCACGGGCGUACAGGCCUCUUUGCCGCCCGCGCAACACUUGGCAGGACAGCCUCGAAUAAGAAAUCAGCGAUUAGGCGCACCACCUAUCAGCGCUCUAAUGCCGCCGGUGGUUCGUAGCAUAAAACGACCUGCAGCAGCUCACUUGGUCGUCGUUGAGGUGACGAGCGACUUGGACAAGCCAGUCAGACUAUCGUUGAACAACGACAUGACUCGUCUUCACAGCAUCACAGUCCCUCCCACUACUCAAUGCGUCAAACUCACCUUUGCCUUCAAUGGAGCUGUGCCUCAGAACAUCAACGAUGAAGCCGAUGUCGACGGAAUAGAUGAGAGCAGCAGCUCUCCAGUCAUCACGAAAGUAGAUCCGCGAAGGGAUACCACCGCAAGCCAGACCGCGGAGCACGUCAGCACGGACAGUCCCGCUGCUGGCACAUGGCGGACUACAGUUCGAUUGAAUGGUGCUCGCUUGCCAUCUGUCGAGGAAGCGCGAGCUCUAUCGGAGUCGUUGGCCACAUUUCGUAGUCAGCCGAUGGCAACAGGGGGCGCAGGUCUCCUUCAAGAUGCGCCUCGUCUUUCCUACGUCGAGAUAGAUGCUGUUGAUGAAAGAGUCGUAAGGCUGCAGUCUUUGCAGAAGGGCACGAGCAUGCUGGAAGUCAUCGUCACGCCUACGCCCCAAUGUCCUGCUCUUCAGGCCAUCUUGGAUGUUGUUGCUCGGGAACCGGAAGAUGUCACCGAGGCAGAAAAAGAGCUUGCUAGAGAUGCACUUGCUCUCGACGAGCGUUACCGCAUCUUCAUCACCCGUGCUUGA